AUGCAUCUUCCACUGAACAGUCGAGUUGUCGCUCGAUUGACCGCUUUUUGUUCGAGUCUUGUUGAUUGUGUCGCUUCCGUCCACAUACUGGAGUCUGUUGCUCCAGCGCCAAUACAGCAUGACCAAGAGAUGUUCCGAAUCGAAUCUUUCUGCAAGAAUCGACUGCUACAGUAUGAUGCGGAUUUCAAAAGCGGUAAGGAGCUUAGUGAACAGCAAAACGAAGCACGUUAUUGCAUCGGCGAGGUGGAAACUCAGCUGGAUUUUUUCAAUGAAUUGGGCAAAAUGUUAUCAGUGCUGCAAAAGGAGUACCAUCGCAGUCUUAAGCGGAAGGAGGAGAAUGUGAAGAAAGAUCAAGCAGAAGACGAGCGGAAGCUCCUACUUGAUUUUAUCAAUUAUCGAUAUGUUGUGGAGCAGUUUGAUCGAGAAGAUGUCAAGAAGGCCUUCAUCGAUGGCUCUGACGAUACUGUGAAAAUCAGUGAGGAAGAGUAUCAAAUGAUUGAGGAUUUGUCGCACUUCUUUGGCUUGAAGAUGAGCAUUUCCGAUGGCUUCUUGAAGUACCGCGAGAAAUGUGAAAAAAAUGUGAAGUCUGCGCAUAAAGUCCUCACUGGCAGCAAAGAGAAACUUGUAGGCAGAUUCUCAGGAGCUGAAAUCAAGAAACUAUUGGACGAAAUUGUUAAUUGUGAAUUUACUCGUGACGCUAAGGAAGAGUUAUUAGACAAGCCGAAAGAACAUCCGCUGGAGUCUCCGAAAGAACAGUUGAAGGAUGGUCCAAAAGUAAAUUACUUAACUAAUUAA